CUACUCGAAUUUUUAAAUAAAUAAUCGUACAUGUUUUAAAAUCGCGAGAUUUAUUUAAAAAUAUUAUAUGCAAUAUUUUCAUCAUUUUAUUGCCUAUACAGUUUAGUAACAGUUGAGUAAACAAUCUUGUAAUAAAGUGAAGUGUAAUAUAACUGCUGCAGUAUAACUGGUAUUUUCAAAAACAACCUGUGAGCUGGAGAUAGUAGUGAUAAUGAAAGUGUCUCAGUCAGCCAUCUCGGCUAAUUUGAGUUAAUCACGAAGAUGGAACACUCAGACCUGGUGGCGGAGAUGGCACAGGUGGAGCAUCUCACCACGCAGGAGAGACUUCACCUGGCGCGCAGACGGCGCAUGCAACAGCUGAAGCUAUGGCAGCAGAGAGAGAAGGAGUGGGCGCGCUCGAAGGCCAAGCGGGAGAAGAGCACCAAGAGGAGCAUAUUCUUCAACGACAGUGUCGUGUUGCUCGAGGCGGCUGCCAGGAAUGACAUCGAUGAAGUACGCCGCCUACUCGCCCGGGGCGUCACGCCAGACGCGACGAACGAAGACGGCCUCACAGCGCUGCACCAAUGCUGCAUAGACAAUAACGAAGCCAUGAUGCGGCUCCUACUCGACCACGGCGCAAACGUCAACGCGGAAGACAGCGAGAAGUGGACCCCACUCCACGCCGCAGCCACCUGCGGCAACCUCAACCUAGUCCGAAUACUUAUACAACGGGGAGCCAACCUCUUAGCUGUCAACGGAGACGGAAAUAUGCCCUACGAUAUAUGCGAGGAAGAGAGAACGCUAGAUGCGAUAGAAAGCGAGAUGGCUGCAAGAGGAGUAACGCAGAGACUGAUCGAUGAGACGCGAGCAGCGACGGAGAUGAAGAUGUUGAUGGAUGUCGCGGAUCUUGUCAAGAAUGGAAUGGAUUUGGACGAGCCUAGGGAUAGUCAGGGCGCUACGCUGCUACACAUAGCGUCUGCGAAUGGUUACCUGAAGGUGGUGGAGUUCCUACUGGAGCAGCGCGCGUCCACCGAUGUGGUCGACCACGACAUGUGGCAGCCCGUACACGCCGCCGCCUGCUGGGGACAUCUAGAAGUAUUAGAGCUGCUAGUACACUAUGGAGCUGACCUUAACGUGAGAAAUAAGCACGAUGAGACGCCAGCAGACAUCUGCGAGGAGGGCGAGAUGCGCGACCGCAUCAAGCAGCUGGCGGAGGACCAGGAGAAGAUGCGCCGCGCCACCUCCGCCGGGGACCGCCUGCGUGCCGCCCGCCGGUCCUCCUCCACCGCUAGCGCCAACAGAGUGCGGUCUGUGCGACGGACCUCGCUGCGUGAGAAGCAGAUGACGGCCAAAGCUGACGUGCGCGGGGAGGCGAGGCUUAGGGAGACCUUCGAUUCUGCUGUGGACGAUGAAUUACCGGGCCUAUCAAACGGCGUGGAGAAUGACCAGAACACGACGAACGUACCCCCAGAGUUGACUCACAAGCGCCUGUCCACCAGCUCCACCACGUCCAACCAGAGCUACGAGUCAUCGAACGUGGACUACGCCGUCCCCAAGCACUCGUACAACCAGCGCUCGCACCGAGACAGCGACGCCAGCGACAAAUACACCCCGCCUAAGAUAACCAACCCCUUAUUCGGGGUCAACGCGGCCUCACACUACGCCCCCGGCAACCACACAGAAGCCGUCAACGACAAAUACGAACGCCCGCUCCCCAACGGCAUACGCAAAGCCCCCGAGGGACAAGACAAUGACGCGUUCAAAUCAGAAGACAGUAUAGACGGUAGGAAAGACCUGAUUGUGAACCCCAACCAGAUCGCGCUCACUGAAGCCGGGACCGCCACCUACACCACAGACAAUAAUGGUAAAAUCAAUGUUCAUGUCACCGUCAUGAUUAACGCAGGCACGCUUGCAGACUUGAAGAAGCAGAGGGCUCAGAUCAGGACCAACGGGAGUCCAAUCGAGAACAGCUUGUCGUCAACCAACAAUCACAGCUUGAACUCCAUACCAGAGGUUGCGAAGCAAGAUAUGCCAGUACAGUUGAACCCUCUCACCCUAUCACCGAGUUCAGGAAUGGUGCCUCGCUUCAGUGGUAACACGAGUGAUGUGGUCGGGGACACGAGGUCUCACCGGUGCUGUAUUAUAAUGUAAAUAGACGGUUAAAGAAACGUUAGAACAAAUAUGAGGAGGUAAGCGUACAAGUCUGAUUGUCAUUCCAAAUAUUGUGGCUGGGGCCGCUUUCUUGUCACGUGGUAGAGAAUAACCACAAAUGUUACGGAAUAUGGACAUAUUUUGAGCUGAUUCAGUAUUAAAAGAUGUUUUUUGAAGUCAACUCCGCGCCAUUUGAGUGCGUAUCACUGUGCACAAGCGAGGCGGUCCACAUCAGCUGUUAAAGUAUGGUGGUUGUUGCCGAUGGAAUAUUGCCAUUUUGCUCACAAAACGGCUUGCCCACGCGCCGCAACAGUGUGAUAGUGUUAAGAGCUCAACAGUUAGAUAAGGAUAAUGGUUGCUAAUUUACGCAUAGAAUUAUCGAAUCCUAUAUUCAAAUUGUCGUAUGUAUAUUUAGGUCUCCAAGCGUAAUUUAUAAUUUUGUCGUACCAUUUUCCUAUUAGACAUUCCAUUUUAUGAGUAAUAUAAAAUAUAUUUAAUAUACAAUAUUGAAAUUAUAAUGUGAUCGGAAAGAGUAUAUUUAAAAUUGAACAGUAUUUUGUUAUAAAUAUGUACGAGAAUUGCAUAAUGUGUACAACAACUAAUGGGUAAUAUUAAGAGCAUGGUCUCUAGUGAAAGAGUAACAGAAAGUGCCUCUAAAGUCGGUUUAUUGUGCUUCUCUAUGUGAACAUAGCAUAAUAAAACUAAAAAUAAAAUGCAACUUAUUUAAUACAAAGUAUAAUAAAUUAUUUAAAACUAUAUUUUAAGUAGAUCGAUAUUACGUGAAUAUAUUAAUAUCUUGGUGUGUAGUAGAUUGUAUUAAAAUUGUUGAAUUGAAAUGAUUACCUGUCAAGCUGCCUUAAUACAAAAAUGAUUAUUUUAAUUUUAAAUGGACCACAAGACGGCAAUAAAGUAUUCGUGUGUAGUAUAUAUAUAAAAUAUUUAAUAUAUAAAACUUUCGGAGCUUGCACACAAUUUGAAGUCUCCCGUACAAUAUAUUGCAUGCAUUUAUCUACAUUAUUGUUAUAUAAGUAUUUACAUUUAUAAACGUUUAUGGAUUAGCCUUUGUUGUUAUAACGUCUAAAACCGUGAUCUGCUUUGCAUUCCCGUCAGAUUACAGACCAAGACUGGAUUUGUUAUGUAGUUUCUUGUUAAUUACACUAUGGGGAAGUAAUUAUGAUACUUUUGAAAUUGUUAUAUAUUAUGUGUGGAACAGGAAAGCUGGGUAUAUCACUCCGGUUGUUACGUUUUAAAUCCACUUACGUCAUUUAAUUUUCACGUCUAAUGCAAAAGAGAUAGAUCGUGAAUAAAAGAUAAAAAAGAGAAAUUGUGUAGGUGUAUUUAGAACUGAGUAAUGUACCUUGAUAGUUUCAUAAAAUCGUAGAAAUAGAUAUUCCUAAUCUUUAGAACUUUAUCACAGUAAAUGAUCACAAAAUGUUUUAGCAGGUUUGGUCAUUCGAUUUAAAAAAAAUCGACAUUUUAAUGUGACAAAGUUUUAAAAUAUAAGCAUAUCGUUUCUACGAUAGAACCAUGGUAUUUCGUCGUUGGGAUGACAGUUAAUGGUUGACUAGUACCGGGGGCCAGGAGUCACCAAGGCUUAGUAGAGAACCCUUGAGUAGAACCCCGUAUUAUGUCAGAGCACAACCUGAUAGAAAAGAAACAUCCAUCUGUUCAUAAUAAUAUUAUUAUGUUUAAUUUGAAAUCAAUGUUCGAUAUGAAAAAGUAUAAAAACUUUCUUGCGAGUAACUGCUUCGGAGUCAUUCGUAUUCUAUAUUCGUGUGUUUGGCGUGACACAAGUUCUUGCCAUUAUUAAAAAUAUUUGAAAUACACAUGGAUGUAAUAAACAUUAUACUGUAUUUCUUUAUUGGAUCUAAAUCAUCCAGACAUCAUUCAUACGAAUAUCUUACACGACAUUAUUAUCUUCCAUUCUCCUAAGGUUCAAUCCUUUGUCCUGUAUUUUGCUAAUACUCAUUAGGUGCCAAUUUCUUACAAUUUGUUCAAUCUGUGCACAAUUUAAGUAGGUAACAACUUCCAUAAUUAUUGCAUUUAUUGAGCAGUUUGGCUCUUCAUUUUUAUAACUUAGAUUCUCCUUUAUAUCUAUUGACAUUUUGGAAUCUUUAUUAUAUAUGUGUAGAACAUUUUAAAAGUAGUUUUUUUAUCUAUUAUGUGUAGUGUAGUAAAUAAUUUAUUUCUAAUGAUGCAGUGUUCAAUGUCUGUGGUAUUUCUUCCUGAUAAUUAUACUUGGCAGCUGAACAAUUAAUGGCUUGUUCUGUAGUUUGUAUACUGUGUAGUAUAGAUACUGUAAGCUCUUGGAAAUGUAUUUAACACGUAGGUUUCAUUAGUACCCAUCCAGUAGCAAUUCAUUCGUCCAUAUCGUAGUCACUAGUGUAGAUAAAGCGACCUCACACGAAAUUCUGCAUGAAAAAUAUGUUUUUUAUUCGUUUCGUGUGUCGUUGGUCGUAUUUAGUAGAGUAUAUCUUUGGUACUUAAAAAGUACUUAAAGUAAAUAUCAUAUUUAUAGAAAUCACGUAUGGAAAUCGUGUAAUUAGUUCGAGAUUUAAAAUGUAUACCAACCAACUUGUAGAUGUGAAGCAAUGUAAAGGGCCUUAUACCUUUAGAGAGAUGUAAGCACAUUCCUGUUUCUUUACGACAGUAUUAUUUUAAUACAUUUUACAGGCAGCUCUUUGUGAUAUUUUAUCUUAUCUGAUCAAAUUCGAACAGAGUAUCUAGCGAGAAUAUUUAUUGUAAAAUUGAAUUAUAUUUUUUAAUAAGUGCACUAAUUGGGGAAAGGUAGGUUUUUAAACAUUUCGUGGUCGGUUGUGAUAGCUGAUGUCUUGCCCUGAAGCCGGUGGGCGCUUAUUGUAAAUUCAGUGAUGUAAGAAAGAACUAAAAGGUAAGCAGUAAUUCUCAUGUGUUUCGUUUCUACACUUUUUAGCAGUUCAAUUUAUUGGCCACAAAAUAAAACUACGUACGUAUAUUUUUGAUGACAAAAAAUCUUAUAUUUUCAAAUUUCUUCUUGUCUAUUAGACUUAAAGUUCCCAACAAAACUAACAGUCGCAUAAAAAUAGCCCAUAAAAAGAAUUAAAGAAAAGUUUAUUAAAAUAUUGCUCAGAAUUUACGAUAAGGCGCUACUUGGCUGCGGUAAGAAGAGAACAGUGCCUCAUUCAGUCUUGCCUUAGUAAAAUUUGUAUAAUAUCUGUUAAUACAACCACUGUUAUAGUAUUCACCACCCAUUGUAAAUACGUUAGACAAAUACUGUCUUUAGAAAUACGUACUUACUGUUUAUGUAAACGUUAGCGGUGGUUAGUCCAUGUAAUAUAACCUUAGGUUAGUGUAAUAGUUAUGUCCGUGUGCGCAAGCGCCGGUAAAGUCACUUUUACGCUAUAGUGACGUCACAACUGUUGUGUCAAGGAAGUGUUCGUUUUACCUAUUUUAAAGAGUUGUAGUCACCACAUCACAUAUGAGAUUCAUUUUCUUACAAUCUUCGGUGUAAGUUUAGGGACCUAUUAGUGCUCAUUCCAGUAAACACCGUCUAAUUUUAUUUUAAGCUAUACCUGUCAUUUUCUUAUCCGCCGAAAAAGAAAGAUACAGGCAAUUGACAGGCGUAAAAUUUUAUAGAACACACGUCAAUUUUAGGAAGAAAUUUAAACAACCCUCUCAAAAUAAUCCGACAGAAUUAAGUUGACAGUACACAUCGAACGAUAUCGAUCGGGCGGAGUUAUUAAUUCAUUUUAAAAUUAACAGCUGUCAAUCAGCCGUCCCUUUCUUUUUCGGUGGAUAAGACAAUGACAGGUAUAACUUAAAAUAAAAUUAGAAGCUGUCUGCAGGAAUCAGAACUCUUAUAUUCCAGUAUAAUAUUAAUUGUUGUACUUAAAGUUUUUAUAUACAAUUUUAAUGUAGAUCCCCAAAAGUUUAACCCCAAUAACUUUUUUAGAUUAUUGUAUUAAAAUAUGUGAAAAUUAUUUCAUUUUUUGUGUCGUAACCUUGCCUAGAAUCUUGCCCAAUCUUGGACCACUUUGCCAUAUCGUCUCGUAUAUUCAUUGAACAAUUAUUACACUCGAUAUUGAGAAAUAUAUGUCAUAUUUUUUCAGUCACUUUGUAAAUUCCGAGUAUGAAACUGUAAUUUACUCUUCAAAUGUUAUGGGACUAGGGUGUCACGUUUCAUUAUAAAAUUACGGUUUUAUGCUUCGAAUUUACAGAGAAAAAGAUUUUUAAAGCAAUUUUAACUGUAUUUAGAUGUGUUUAUGAUAUAGUAUUACAAUCUGAGCUUCCUAGCCGGUAAGAAUUCAGGUCAUAUGAAAACAUAAACCCCGACAUAAUUGUCGCUAAAGCGUAGAAAAAUAUUUAAAAAAAAGUUUAGAUCGUCUCCAUACUGUAAUAAUGAAUCUUAAUCAAAUAAUAUAGAAUAUGUUUUACACAUAAGACGUUACUUCGUAUUCAUUACUACAGUAUGAAGGGUAAAUAGUGAAACCUUGUUAGAGCCUUUUUGAAAAACGCACACGCUAGUUUUAAUUCUGGGGGGUUAAAAAAGCCAUGUGAAUUCAUCUAUAAAAGCAAUUUGACAUUUGCGCAUAUAAAAGUAAGUGCGCAAUGCAAACAAAAUGUCAAAUAGCAAUAUUGCUUUUUUAGAUGAAUUGCUUCGACGUGGCCUUUUUAACCCCCCUAGUGAAGAAUUGUGGUCUCAACUUUUACCGGGAAUUAAAUUAAUUGAAAGAAAUCGUGAUUUUGUUGAGGAAAACCACAUUAUACUGUGAUUCUAAAGGGCUCUUACAAAGUUUUCACUAAAGCGACGAUGCGAUGAGAAUUAUUAUUAAUAUGAUUGAAACGUAAAAAUGUUUGAUUUGUAUUGUCGUUCAGAGCCUAUUAUAUUGAUUUACAUCUCUGAACCAUUUGUACUUAAGUUAUUGCGGGUAAUGCACUACUGUCUGAACGUCACAAUCUAGGAUAGGUUGUGUAAGUAAAAGGAGAUUUGUUUUUACUUUUUAAUUUACAGUCCAUAUUUCGUUCACCGCUGGAUAUUACACCUUAUUCAAUGAAUUUUGGGCUUUUGGCAUUCCUUAUCGUCGCUUUAAAGUGAAAGCUACGUUAGCGCCUUAUUCUUCUCUUCUUCUUAUCGUGUCGAUGGCAAACUAAAUAGUAUCGGCCCAAAACUCGGCAACAAGUAUGGCGCUAUCUGCAGCGCUCAUCAGAUCUUCCUGCGUGCAGGUUGUUCGGGCACGCAGGACACGAUGUAAGAUGUUCCAUCGUUUGGGGAACAGUGCCGCACUUAACGCCGUAAUAUUUCAAAUAAUAAUAAAUAAACCUCGAUUUAUUUCAAUUAAUUUCAAUUCGCAAAAGUAGCAUGGAAAAUGCCGCACCUGUGGAAAAAAAACGAAAUUUUUUCGGGUAAAAAUUAUGAUCACACAUUUUGUUAACUAUAACGCGCUUACGUGGUUUUUAGUUUUUUACUAUAAGUUGACGUUAUAGAGUCCAAAUGUUCCAAAGUUCGAUAUACGGUACAAUCCAUCAGUAGUAUUAUAAUUUCCUUUUUUUAAUGUUACUUAUGCUGUUUUAAAUAUUGUAUCCCUUGCCUACACAGUCUCCUAUAAACUGCUUUAUGUCAGCUGAUAAUAACGCCCGGUGGACAGGUUGAAAGGUCCUUAGAUUAAAUCUAACUUACAUUACUUUACAUACAUUGUGAUCAGACAAACUUGAGCGUUUUCAUAUUAGACACAAUUGUUUCGCGAGUUUGUCUAAAAUGUCACAGGAUAAGAUUUCUGUCUUUCAAAAUGAAACUGAGUUACUUACACAAUUAGGCUACUAGAUACUAUUUAGUAUAUUUCUUGUAGAAAUUUCCAGCGUGCAGUUAUCUAAUCUAGCUUACAAGAUCCCACUGCUGGGCAAAGGCCUCCCCUUCCUAUUUCCAUUUUUCGUAGUCCUGUGCGUACUCUGGCCAUUCCCUCCGGCAAUCGUCCAAGUCACGCCAUCUCUUUCGAGGCCUACCACGACGCCUGUACCAGUCAUGUGGCACCCAAUGCGUGACGAUCCGUGCUCAUCGCUCAGGGUGCAUGCGACAAACAUAUCCGCCCCAAUCUUUAAGUUUGGCGGCUUUUCGUCCCACAUCAGCGAUUCCAAUUUUUUAACGUAGAGUUGUAUUUCUGACUCGAUUAAUUCGUUUGACACCUAACACACUAAGCUCAAUCGCUCUUUCGUAGACCUUGAGUUUGGCCUUUUGACGUUCAGUCAAUGACUAGGUCUAGUAGGAUAGCGUGACGUUAUAGUUGUUCUAAAUAUUAUCUAAUGUGAAAACGCUGAGGUAUCUACAUUGUCUGAACAGGCUUUAAAACUUGUACAAAUACUAACGACGUACUAACACAACUCUCGAUCAAUGCAAGUACCUUCUGUUAUUUCUUGCUGUUUUGUUGUAUUCUUUGUUGUAUCUUUACAUUGUUUUUGUUCUCUGGAUGACAUUCCAUUGACCUUUAAACAGUAGUGUGAACAAUUAUCCUAUGUUUUUUCUUAAUUCGUAAAGAAAUAAAUCAGUUGUUAAAUA